AUUUCAUAAAACACGGUUUAGGAUCCGCUCGCACUGUCGCUUCCGUCCUCUGGCCAUGCCCGCCGCUCUGCUGUCAACUGUCAUCGGGAAUCGAGCUGCGAGGCCCAACGGUUGGGAGGCGGAGGUGGCGGUGGAGGUGAGUUCAAGGAACCGGUUAAAAAUGACAGCUUUGGGUUGAGGCCAGUCGAAAGGUGAGAAAAGAGGAAGCAUCUCGAGAGGUUCUGUUGAAGAAAUCUUCACCCAGUUUUGAUUCGAUGGAGAGAGACCUGCCGGUGGUUCCUUCGCUCCUCCUCCUCCUCCUCCUCCUCUUGCACUUCGCUGUUGAUUGCAAUGGAAGCAAGGUUGGUGUCUGCUAUGGCCGCAACGCCGACGACCUCCCGACCCCCGACAACGUCGCCCAGCUGGUUCAGCUGCAUUCCAUCAAAUACGUCAGAAUCUACGAUUCCAACAUCCAGGUGAUUAAGGCCUUCGCCAACACUGGCGUGGAGCUCAUGGUCGGGGUGCCCAACUCAGACCUGCUCCCCUUCUCGCAGUACCAAUCCAAUGUCGAUACUUGGCUCAAGAACAGCAUCCUCCCCUACUACCCGGCCACAAUGAUCACCUACAUUACUGUGGGUGCUGAGGUCACUGAAACCCGUGAUAAUGUCUCGGCCCUUGUCGUUCCUGCCAUGGUUAAUGUCCUUGCAGCUCUGAAGAAGGCUGGAUUGCACAAGAGGAUCAAAGUCUCUAGCACUCAUUCGCUUGGAAUCUUAUCCAGAUCAUUUCCACCGUCCGCGGGGGCUUUUGACAGCAAAUAUGCCUACUUUUUAAAGCCCAUGUUGGAAUUCCUUGUGGAGAACCAAUCCCCAUUCAUGGUGGAUCUUUAUCCCUAUUAUGCUUAUAGAGACUCUCCUAGCAAUGUCUCUUUGGACUAUGCACUAUUUUCACCAUCUGCCUCAGAUGUAAUUGAUCCAAAUACUGGUUUAGUCUACACAAACAUGUUCGACGCCCAGCUGGAUUCUAUAUUUUUCGCUCUAAUGGCACUGAAUUUCAGAACACUGAAGAUUAUGGUCACCGAAUCAGGAUGGCCUAACAAGGGUGCUGCUAAGGAAACUGCUGCAACUCCUGAUGAUGCUCAGACUUACAACACCAAUCUGAUUCGUCAUGUCAUCAAUGAUGCGGGGACUCCAGCAAAGCCUGGGGAGGAAAUUGAUGUCUACAUCUUUUCAUUGUUCAACGAGAAUAGGAAGCCUGGGCUGGAAUCGGAGAGGAACUGGGGGCUGUUCUAUCCUGAUCAGACUAGUGUGUAUAGUCUUGAUUGGACUGGUAGAGGAAAUGUCGACAUCGUCACUGGUGCUAACAUAACAAGUUCUAAUGGCACUUGGUGUGUGGCUUCAAGCAAUGCUUCAGAUGCUGAUUUGCAAAAUGCAUUGAAUUGGGCUUGUGGUUCAGGCAAUGUUGAUUGUUCAGCUAUUCAGCCUAGUCAGCCUUGUUAUCAACCGGACACAUUGGCUUCUCAUGCAUCCUAUGCUUUCAAUGGCUAUUAUCAACAAAAUGGUGCUACUGAUGUUGCAUGUAACUUUGGAGGUACAGGGUUAAAAACUACCAAAGACCCAAGCUACGAUGCCUGUGUUUACACGACCUCCAGUAAAAUGGGCACCGGAAAUUCUACUUCUGCGGCUUCGACAUCAAAUGCAGAGCAUACCGCCACAUGGUUAACAGAAGGCCUGCCUUUUAUGUUGUCUCUUUGGCUCAUUGCCAUUUUAGGCAUUGCCUUGUAGGAUACAAAUCUUCAAGCUAGAAGAGUUGUUCUGAUGAGUUCAUUGGUGUUAGAGAUGGAUGGAUGGAUAGAGGAGUUGUCUCUGAGGAAAAUUUUGUUGGCACGUCAUCCAUUGCAGGAAUGCUGUAUCUACCUUUAUGUAGAUUUAGUCUCAAACUAGAAUUGCUUAAUGGUAGAUUUACAUUUUCUUAUGUUUGCAUUCU